AUGGUAUUUUUCAUUAUCAUGCUCGAAAUGGAUAAUGCUGAGAUAAUGAUGCAUACAACGAGAGGUUCAAAAAAUUUACACAGUACAUAUAAAACAUCUCUCUCUCUCUCUCUCUCUCUCUUAAACGAAGAAGAAAUAGAGAAGAUGAUAGCCCUCAAAACCAUUCAGCCCUCUUUCACUGCCACCAAACAUGCCUUUUUCCACACUGGAAGACCCUUCAACACAAAGAGUUCUUUCCUGUGCCUCUGCAAGCCCAAUGAUUCCAAUUCAGAGGCUUCUCCGCCCGAAGGAGAUACCCGGAAGCAAGAGCUGCUGGCCAGAAUAGCGAUGCUUCAAGCUCAGAAAGUUCGUCUCACCGACUACUUGGAUGAGAGGUCAGCUUAUCUGACACAAUUUGGUGAAGAAGCCAUUGCUGAGUUCGACAAGAUUGGAGAAGAUGCCCUCAAAGGACUGGAUGAAGCUGGUGCCAGGGUAAUGGAGAAUAUGGAGAGCCGCUUGCAGGCCUUUGAGGAAGCCGCAGAGAUGAACAGACAGGAGAUUGAGCAGAACGAAAACAAAGUAGAAGAGUUCGAAGAUCAGAUGGAGGAAGGACGGAAUGAAGGGUUGUUCUUCAAGAACCUGAGAAGGACGACACCUAAGGAAAAAACAGAAGCCAAGGAGGAAAUGGAGAAGAUAAACCAAGUUACUAAAGACAACGCUGGAUCCAAAACCAGGAAGAACAUUUACCUCGCCCUAAUAGGCCUUAUUGUCAUUGCCAUCGCUGAUUCUUUCCUGUCUUCUUCAUCCGAUUGGCGAAAGGUUGCAGUUCUCGGAGCAAUUCUAGUGGCUUUGCUCUCUCAGUUCAACUACGAGCAGAAGAUGUUAUCAGAAACAGAAAAUACAGAGAAGGAAAAGACUGGGGAAGAAAAGAAGUGAAUAUCUUUCGCUAUUUUCCUAAUAAAUUUCUGUAUAAAAAAUUUUAGCCGUAGUUUUAUUAACUGAAUAUGGCAUGAUAAAAUAAACCCAAGAGAAAACUUGCAACUUGGGUCUGAUACAUCAUGCUACUUCAAUUUUGCAUCAUCAUAUGAUCUUGGUGAUUUCA